AUGCGUAUGAACACACUCUACCGUACGACAAAAAUUGUCUUUGCCGUGGUUUCCGUGACGGAUCUCUCGAACGAAUAUCUCAGGCGCCAGGAUCCAAUCGCGUUAUCAAUGGACCACUCUCAGAUCUUCCCAGUAUCUAAUGACCCCUCCCCACGACCGGACGAUGUCGUCAAGAGCGCUCUCCAGUCACGGCUAGACCUACCAGGCGUGGACGUUGAUGAUCUUGCAUCCGAGGCUGCUGAUGCGGCAAAAAGAGGCCUUGGCGAAGCUGUAGACACGGCAACAAAAGCGCUUGACACGGCAGUCAAUGUAGCGAAGAAAACCAUAGACGAUAUCAAAGAUGCCGUCGAGAAGCUCUAUAACGAGGUCAAGAAGGUGGCCGAGCUCGAGGAUAAGGUUUGGGCUGCGAUACAUGAGUGGGUAGAGAAGAAUGUGCUCCAUCCUUUGAAGGUUAUUCUCGACUGUAUCCUAGUCAACUUCUGCUCUUCCUACUCUGGUGGCUUUCGGAUUACUCGCCCAGAGGCUCUUGAAGCUCUCCAGGAAUCACGGGCGGUCCCAAGAUGUCGAGAUGAUAGACUACAGCGAGCCCAGCGGUAA